AUGGCUUCUGCAAACGGUCUGCUAUCUGAAGAUCAGUUCCUAUGCUGUAUCUGUCUGGAUGUGUUCACUGAUCCAGUCACUACACCAUGUGGACACAACUUCUGUACAAACUGCAUCACUACACACUGGAACACUAAUGUCCCAUGUCAGUGUCCAUGUGUAACAAGGUUUUUAACAAAAACCUCUCCUGAAAAACCAGCCCUGAAAAGACAUCAGCUGAUCGACCCUGUGGAGAACCUGGAAGACAGGAUGUGUAAGAAGCACGAUAAACCUCUGGAGCUGUUCUGUCAGACCGACCAGACAUGUGUCUGCAUGCUCUGCUCUGUUUUAGACCACAAGACACAUGAGUUUGUUCCUCUGAAAGAAGAAUAUGAAGGAAAGAAGGCAGAGCUGGAGAAGACAGAGGCUGAAAUUCAGCAAAUGAUCCAGAAGAGACGAGUGAAGAUUCAGGAGAUCAAACACUCAGUCAAGAUCAGUAAAGAUGAUGCAGACAGAGAGAAAGCAGAAGGUGUUCAGGUCUUCACUGCUCUGAAGGAGUCUGUUGACAGAGGCCUGAACCAGCUCAUAAAGGAGAUCCAAGACAAACAGAAAACCACAGAGAAACAGGCUGAAGACUUCAUCACAGAGCUGGAACAGGAAAUCUCUGAGCUGAUGAAGAGAAGCACUGAGGUGGAGCAGCUCUCACUCUCUGAAGACCACCUCCACCUCCUCCAAAGCUUCCCAUCCCUGAAAGCUGCUCCACCCACCAAGGACUGGACAGAGGUCAGAGUCCGUCCACCAUCAUAUGAGGGGACUGUGGUGAGAGCUGUGGCUCAGCUGGAGGAGACGCUCAGUGAAGAGAUGAAGAAGCUGUUUGAGGCUGAGCUGAAGAGGGUCCAGCAGUAUGCAGAGGAUGUGACUCUUGAUCCUGAUACAGCACAUCACUGGCUCAUCCUGUCUGAUGGUGGAAAACAAGUACAUGAUAGUGAUGUGAAAAAAAAUCUUCCAGACAAUCCAGACAGGUUUUCUUAUUGUGUUUUUAUCUUAGGAAAGCAGAGUUUCUCUUCAGGCAGAUUUUACUUUGAGGUUCAGGUUAAAGGAAAGACUAAGUGGACAUUAGGAGUGGCCAGAGAGUCGAUCAACAGGAAGGGAGACAUCACACUGAGACCUAAAUAUGGCUACUCAACGAUAUGGUUGAGAAAUGGAAAUAAGUACAAAGCUCUUGCUGACCCCCCAGUCCGUCUCUCUCGGAAGUCUCAGCCUGAGAAGGUGGGGGUGUUUGUGGAUCAUGAGGAGGGUCUGGUCUCCUUUUAUGACGUAGCUGCUGCAGCUCUCAUCUACUCCUUUACUGGCUGCUCCUUCACUCAGAAACUCUACCCAUUCUUCAGUCCCUGUAAUAAUGACGGUGGUGAAAACUCUGCUCCUCUGAUCAUCUGUCCGUCUAAAUUGCCAUAUCGUUUUCAUUAUAAAUCAUUGCCAACAGUGAAUAUACAUAUUCACCCAAAGAAGAAACGUGCUCUCAAAUCCGAAACCCAAGUGCAUGGUUUUCACUGAAAAUCUGUGGGGGCAAAUACAAGAAAUAAAACAUUAACUUUUAAGUCAAAUGAGCA